GCACCCCGCAGGAAAUAACAAGACAAUGUGCAAACAUCCUCUCUAUAUAUAAAGUCUGCCCAGUCCCGUCAAUGCUGUUCCUCGUCAAGCCAAUUACUCAACUAAGCCAACACCCAGCACAAUGAAGGCUGCCUUCUGCCUCAUUUUCCUCACUUUGUUCGUGGCCAGCCAUGCCAAAGUCUUCACCAAAUGUGAGCUGGCCAAAGCCCUGAAAACCGCUGGUCUUGAUGGAUACUAUGGUUACAGUCUGGCCAACUGGAUGUGUAUGGCCUACUAUGAAAGUCGCUACACCACCAACGCCAUGUACGACAAUGGCUGGAGCCGAGAUUAUGGAGUCUUCCAGAUCAACAGCUACUGGUGGUGUAAUGAUGGAAAGACAUCCGGAGCCGUGGGGGCUUGUAGCAUCAGCUGUAACAAUUUGAUGAAUGAUGACAUCAGUGAUGACAUUACAUGUGCCAAGAGGGUUGUCAGAGAUCCCAAUGGCAUGGGGGCCUGGACAUGGACACCAAGAAGGAUGCCAGCAAAAGAAGGAAGGAAGCCAGCAAAAGAAGAGGAUCAUCAUCAUAGAGAACUGGCCCCUAGCACUUGGCCAAUGUUUGACCAAAAAAUUCAAGAUCAAUUAUUGGUUGACCAGUCUGAAGAAGAAAUGAGAUACUAA